AAAGGCAUGGAAAAAAUGUGAUCCAAUCAAGAAAGAAUAUCCUACAUCAGUAGAUAAACGGGGAGAAGGAGAAAAAGGUGAUCAAAUAAAAUAUUGUUUAAAAAAAAAGGAGAAAAAGGAUCAAGUAGUCUUUCUUUCUCCAGAAUAUAGUGUGUCAAGGGGAAUAAUCCAAGAAAGGCAAAGUAGUUUGAAAUCAGAUUCUGAGGGUCCUUAUGUACCAGCAAAAGUAGAGUUAACAGUUUAUCCUAAAAGCAAUAGGGAGCCAUGGAAAAUUUUUGAGUUUUAGUGGGACCAUGUAAGAAGCAGCAUAGAAUACUAAGAAAAGCACUAGAUUUGGAGUCAGAUGAGCUGGAUUCAAAUCCUGCCUCUAAAAGUAAUUACAAAGGACAUUAGGUAUAUCUCUUACCCUCAAGUCUAAGGUUCCUUCAUCUGUAAAAUGAGGUACUUGACUAGAAGAUGUCUGAGGUACCUUCCUGCUCUACAUGAUAUCAUAGUUCAAUGACCUGCAUAUUAGGAAGAAUAAUUUGGGAGUUGUGUGAAGAAAUAGUUAGAGGAGAGAGAAGUCAGGAGGCCAGUUAGAAGCCUUUUUCAAUAGACCAGGAGAAAGGAGAAGAGGGAACCAGAAUAGUAGCAGUGAGAGGAAAUGAAGAACAGCUGUGAGAGAUGUUCUGACCCUAGAACCAGGCAUCUGCCUGGAUAAGAAGUUAUAAGGAAGAGGGACGAGUCAAAGGUCAUAUGUGUACCCCAGAAAGAGUAUCCUGCCCCGUAAAAAAAGUCAAUUUCUAGAAUGGGGACUGUAUAGUUGGGAUCUGAAUGCAUCCAAGUGUCCCAGGGUCUUGAGGGUCUUGCUUUUCCCCUAGAUCUGCAAUAGAUAUUAAAGAACAUUUUUUAACACAUGAAAACUAUAAAACUUGGCAUUCAUUAUAUAUCAUCAUGGAAUGUCAGAGAUGAAAGAAACAUGAAAACUCCUUUAGUUCAGACAUUUCCUUUGAUCACCAAGAAGACAGAAGCCCCCGGAAAUGACUUUCUCAAAUAGCACAUUAUUGAUCCACAACUUGCCAAGUUCCCUGAUUGCUAGUGCAAUACUCUUUUAGAAGCCUAAGAUCACAAAUUUAAAGCUAGAAAACACUUAUCCUUACAAAUGAAGAAACUGAGGCUCAGCCCACGUGACUUAUUUGACUGAAGUUACACAGGUCAUUCAUUUCAGAGGCAGAAUUUGAACCCAAAUCUUCUGGUCCCAGAGUUGUUUCCACUUAACCAUCUCAGAAAAAAAAUACCAAUUCUGUACCCUUUGUUUUAGAUACAAGUUUCCAGAAAUAAUUUUAAUUAAUUUAACAUGAUUCUAAAUUCAAACAUUUCUAGUUUGAUGAAAAAAAAAUAUCUUUGUAAAGAUAUUUUGUUUUACCAGUCACAUGUAAUAACAAUUUUCCACAUAAAUUUUCUGAAGUUACAUGAUUCAAAUUGUCUCCCUCCUUUCUUUUCCUCCCCCUUCCUGGGGUGGAUAAGUAAUUUGAUCUGAGUUAUACAUGUAUUAUCAUGCAAAACAUAUUUCUAUAUUGUUCAUUUUUAUAAGAGAAUAAACAUAUAAAACUAAACUCCAAAAAUAACAACCCAAAUAAACUAAAGUGAAAAAUCAUAUGCUUUGGUCUGAAUUCUGACUCCAACAGUUCUUUCUCUGGAGGUGGAGAGCAUUCUUUGUCCUAAGUCCUUCAGAAUUGUACUGGAACACUGUAUUGCUGAGAGUAGCUGAGUCUUUCACAGCUGAUCAUCCCACAAUAUUGUUGUUACUGUGUAUAAUGUUCUCCUGGUUCUGCUUAUUUCACUCUGCAUCAGUUCAUAUAGGUCAUUCUGACUCUUUGAAGUCAUCUUGUUCAUCAUUUCUUAUGGCACAAUAGUAUUCCAUCUCCAUCAUAUACCACAAUUUGUUCAGCCAUUCCCCAAAUGAUGGACAUUCCCUCGGUUUCCAAUUCUUUGCCACCACAAAAAAGGCUGCUGUAAAUAUUUUUUUACAAGGAGGUCCUUUCCCUUGCCCUUUUUUUUAAAUUUCUUUGGGAUAUAAACCAAGUAGUGGUAUUACUGGAUCAAAGGGUAUGCACAGUUUUAUAGCCUUUGGGGCAUAGUUCCAAAUAGCCCUCAGAGAGAAAAAUAUCCAAAAUGACACAGGCAAGUCACUUGAUUUCCUUGGGCCUCAGUUUCUUCAUCUAUAAUGUGACUGGGUGGGAAUAAGGCUGCCUAAAUAAUAGCUAUCACAUAGUGUUUCUAGAGUUUACUAAGUGUAAAGUGUCUCAAAAGUCUUAGAGCAAUUCUAAGCUUAAUAGUUUUAAGCUUAAUUGCUUUUGGACACCCAGUAUACAUUUUCUCAUUUAAUCCUCACAACUAACUUGUAAAGAUAUGUUACAAGUAUUAUUAUCCCCAUUUUAUUAAAAAAAAAAAAGACACUGACACUGAAAGAGUGAUUUGUGGGAAAUCAAAUACCUAGCAAUAGCCAAUGUGGGAUUUGGAUCCAGGGCUUUCUAACUCCAGGUUUAGCCCUCUCUUUACCCUGCUGUGCUCUCUUUCACAUAAGAUUUCUAAGGUUUCUUCCAGUUCUAAAUAAUAUGUCUAUGAUUCAAUAAAUACCAUCUAUACAUAUUGCCAUCUCUGCCAACAGGUGUGAAGAAAAAAAAAUUGAUGAUUUCUAACUAAUGGAGCAGUCCCCAACCACUCUGCCUACUCUGGAGUCCAUGGCUGAUACCAGGAGCCAAGUGAAUGGGUCUUCUUUGAAACAGGAACCAUCAGAAUUCUUAGAAUAUAUUUCACUUUUCAUUUCCCUGUUCGGAAUAGUUGGCAAUGGACUUGUCAUUUAUUUUCUCCUCUUCCACUUUAAGAAGACUUCCUUCAUUGUCUACAUCCUACACCUCUCAAUUGCUGACUUGAUUUUCCUUCUUUGUGGAUCUACCUUUAUUAUAACAGAUAUAGCUCACUCUAAUUCCAAACGUGAUGCAUUUAGAUCAGACAUGUUUCUGUUUAUCUUCUGCAUGCUGGUUCUGUUUGGCUAUAACACUGGCCUCUACCUCUUGACAGCCAUCAGUGUAGAGAGGUGUCUUUCAGUCCUUUACCCCAUUUGGUACCAAUGCCAACGCCCCAAGCACCAGUCAGCAGUGGUAUGCGUCCUUCUUUGGUUACUCUCUAUUGUUUUGACCUGGUUAGAAAGCUUUGUGUGUGUGGGGGAAGAAGAGCCAAGAUUCCCUUUUAGAACAUGUUCUAUUGUGGAAAUAUUUUUGUUUAUCUUGAACUUCCUUGUGUUUGCCCCUCUCAUGGUCAUCUCCAGCUUGACCCUUUUUAUUAAGACAUCUUGUAACCUGAAGCACCGCCAACCAGCCAAGCUUUACAUUAUCAUAAUAACCACAGUCAUUCUGUUCCUUCUCUUUGCCAUGCCUUGGAGAGUCAUGUUGAUGUUGGAUAAUUUACUGGAUGAAAAAGAUUCAUUCUUAUCUGCAUUCUUUUCAUAUACAAAUUUACUAUCUUGUAUCAAUAGUACCAUUAACCCAGUUGUCUACUUUCUGAUUGGUCAGAUCAGGGGGAAAAAAGCCAAAAAGUCCCUGAAAGAUAUAUUGCAAAAGUCAUUUGAGGAUAAGCCAUGCCCUAUAGUGAGAGAGAGACCUGGGCAUUAUGAAAUCGGUGCCCUUCACAGGCAACAACACUGAAGAAAAAAAAAUUAUGCCCUACAUUACAGCAUUAGCGACCCAGGAAAAUCAGUCUUCAGCUAGUGUAAGAAUGGGUUGCUACCUUUUUAAGUGGACAGGUUUUUAAAUUCUCUUUGUACCUCCUAGGGAAGUAAAAAAAAUGUAAAAAUAUUUACUUAUAAGUCAAUCUCACGUAGCCAUUUCAUUUACUUGCUUCUCUUUUCUAUAUCCUGCCUCCUAGGCUGGAUAUUCAGAAAUUGUUUCAGUUAUUUUAGAAACACUUUAGCCUGGACACUCUUCUCUCUGUCUCUGUCUCUAUCUCUGUCUCUGUCUCUAUCUCUGUCUCUCAGUCUCUCUGUCUCUGUCUCUGUCUGUCUGUCUGUCUCUCUCUCUCUCUGUCUCUGUCUGUCUGUCUGUCUGUGUGUCUCUUUCUCUUUCUGUCUCUCUGUCUCUCUCAUGAUCUCUGUACAGAGAUCCCAAAUCUACAUAUGUGGCCUUUUUCUCUUUCUUCAUCUCCAGUCUUAUAUUAUCAGUUACCUACUUGAUAUCCUCAACUGAGUGUCCCAUAGGCAUCUCAACCUCAAUAUAUCCAAAACACAGUUCACUCUUUCCCUCUAAAACUUCUCUUCCUAAUUUCCCAAUUUUUCAUCCAUUUCACCUCCACAACAUCUCUAAUAUUCCUUCUUUUCUCUACACACAUUUCUCUUGCACAUUAGUACAAGCUCUUCCUACUUGGACUACUUGGAUUUUAAAUUGGUCUACCUACUACACAUUUGCCAGAUCAAUAUUACUAACACAUAAGUAUAUCUGUGCUACUUCUUGGUUCAAGAAGAUCUAGUGGGUCACUAUUACUUCCAAGAUAAAAUACAAACUCUUCAGGAUGGUUCUUAAAUCCCUUCCUAAGACAAUUCCAGGUUACCUUUCAAAAUUUAGAUUCCAUUCUUCUCCCUCAUGUACUCUAUGUUCCAGGCAGACUGACUACUUGCUUUCCUGUUUGUAGUAUUCCAUCUUCUAUCUCUUGCCUUUCCAAAGAUUCCCUCUUGUCUAGAAUGCUCACUUUCCUUACCUACAAUACUUGGAAUUGUUUGUUAGAUCAGUUUUGAUAUACUCAAAGAUCCCAGCUUUUGGAAUAAGAACUCACUGUUUAACAAAAAAAAUCUAGGAAACUGAAAAACAGUAUGGCAGAAACUAGGGAUAGAUCAAUCAAUAUCUCACAACCUCUUCCAAGAAAAAGUCAAAAUGGGUUUAUGAUUUAGAUACAAAGAAUGAUACCAUAGAGAGCAUUAUAAGAUGUGAAAUGAAUAAUUUUGAUUUAUAUUAAAUUUAAAAGCUUUUGUACAAACAAAACUAAUGCAACCAAGAUUAGAAAAGAAGCAACAAAUUGCAAAAAAAAGAAUUAUAACAAAUUUCUCUGAUAAAGAUCUAAUUUCUCAAAUCUAUAGAGAAUCAAGUCAAAUCUAUAAAACAAGUCAUUCCCCAAUUGACAAAUGAUCAAAGGAUAUGAACGAGCAAUUUUCAGAUGAAGAAAUCAAAGCCAUCAAUAAUCACAUGAAAAAAUGUUCUGAGUAACUCUUGAUUAGACAAAUGCAAAUUAAAAUAACAUGGAGGUAUGGAGGUACCACCUCAAACCUAUCAGAUUGGCUAAUAUGACAGUAAAGUGAUAAAUGUUGGAGAGGAUGUGGCAAAAUCGGGACACUAAUGCAUUGUUAAUAGAAUUGUGAACUGCUUUAACCAUUCUGGAGGGCAAUUUGGAAUUAUGCCCAAAGGGCUAUAAAAUUGUGCAUAUCCUUUGAUAAUACCACUUCUAGGAUUAUAUUCCAAAGAGAUAAUAAAAAAGGGAAAAGAUCUAUUUAUACAAAAAUAUAUAUAGCAGCUCUUUUUGAAGUGGCAAAGAAUUGGAAAUUGAAGAGAUGUCCAUCAACUAGAAAAUGGCUGAACAAAUUGUGGUGAUGUUGGUGAUGGAAUACUAUUGUGUUAUAAGAAAUGACAAGCAAGCUGACUUCAGAAAAAGUUGGAAAGAUCUACAUGAACUGAUGCAGAGCAAAAUAAGCAGAACUGGGGGAACAUUGUACACAGUAAUGGCAAUAUUGUGUGAUAAUCAACUAUGAAAACUUGGCUACUUUGUGUAAUUCAGUGAUCUGGGACAAACCUGAAAGACUUAUGACAGGGAAUGCUAUCCGCCUCCAGAGAAAGAACUACUGGAGUCAGAUGGAUACAGAUCAAAGCAUACUAUCUUUCAUAUCAAUGUAUUUAUGGUUUUAUUUUGGAAUUUUGGUUUUAUAUGAGUGUGCUCUUACAACAAUGACCAAUAUAGAAGUGUGUUUU